GGUAACUGUCGGAAAGAUUCUCUUUAUUAUUAGGGGGAUGGGAGGUUCUGUAUUUGUGUAUAAAAAUUCUGACUCUGUUUCAAAAAACAUUUUCUCAUCGAGUUCAACAAUAAGCUACAAGUCGACAGGCACCCUGGAUAGGACAUGAAGCAGUUUCAGUGACUACAGUUGUUUUCAGGAGAUUGAAUAGAAUAGCACGCUAUUGAUCAUGCCUCCUAGCAUAGACUGGAAUAAAUUGAUGGAGGUUGACCCGGAUGAAUGGGAGGGUCUGGAAAAAGAAGCAGAUGAACUUGUCGAUGUGAUAUCAAAGGUUCAACCAAGAGAUCUGAAAGAAGGUGAUACCAAAAAAAUAAUCCAUCUCUUCAGAAUCACCCAGACCAUCAUGAAGAUGAAAGUACAGGAAGUAAGCUGUGCUUAUGAAGUUAUUGAUAAAGCUGGUGCAGAUCAAGCCGAAAUAGAAAACCAACUGAAGGCCCAAGUGUACAAAUUAGAGAAUGAGCUGGAGAUGGCCCAGCGCCCGACCGGGGGAAGAGACACACGCUUCCUUCGGGAUGAAAUCCGGCAACUGGAGGCUCAGGUGGAGCGCAAAGAGAAGGAGCUGGUCCAGAUGGAGAAGGACCUGAACAAAGAGAAGAAAGUCAAUGAGGAGCUGUCUCUUCGUGCUGAAGAAGCAGAGGAUGACAACAGGAAGUUGAAAAGAGAGAACGAGCAGCUCAAUCGGGAUGUGAUAUUUUACCGACGCGAGCUGGACCAGAAGGACCCGGUUCCCACAAGGGAAGAGAACAGCGAGGCUCAAAGGAGGCUAAACUCUGCCAACCGGGAGCUAUACCAGUGCAUGGAGGACCUGCAGCGUGCAGAGGAUGAAGUCGCCCACCUGAAGGCCCAGAGCGAGCACAUGGAGAAGAGUCUGGAGGAGUCGGUGAAGGAGAUGGAGAGGAUGACUGACGAGUACAAUAAGAUGAAAAUCGUAGUGCAGCAGACUGACAUUAUCAUGGACCAGCUAAGAAAAGAAAGGGACCAGGCCAAGAUUCAGGUGAGAGAGCUAACGGAGCAGAUACAGGCUCGAGCAGAGGAAGAUGAUCCUGUGAUGGCUGCUGUCAAUGCCAAGGUGGAUGAAUGGAAGAGGAUAUUGUCAGCCAAGGAUGAUGAAAUCAUUGAGUACCAGCAGAUGCUCAGAGACCUGAAAGAUAAACUGCGGACAGCACAGAUGGAUUCUGACAAAAGCAAUGUGAUGGCCCUGCAGCAGGCCGUGCAGGAACGAGACCAUCAGAUUAAGAUGCUGACGGAGCAGGUGGAGCUGUACACAGGAGAGAUGGAGAAAAACGCACUCCUGGUGGAAGAGCUCAAAAAGCCCCUUCAGAAAGACAGAGGAGCCCCCUCCGCGAUGCAGCAGAGGAAGCUGGAUGACCUGAAGGCCAAGCUGCAGGCUGCGGAGAGGAGGCUCCAGGAUGCAGAAAGGGUGGCCGAGCUUGCAGAGUCUGACGCCAGGGAGAAGGACAAAGAGCUCAGUGAAACCCUGGCCCACAUGAGAGUCUAUGAGUCGGGCACGGGAGGGCUGGAGGCUGCUGUGGCUGAGAUAAAGGAGUGUAAAAACCGGCUGAAGUCAAGGGAUCGGCAGGCUGAGGCCAUGACCAAGGAGAUCAACCAGCUGGAGAUGAAAGUCAAUGACCUGCUGGAUGAGAACGAGGACAUGAGAGAGCGUUUGGGAUUAAAUCCAAAGGAAGAGGUUGAUUUAUCAGAAUUCCGGCGAUCCAAGGCUUUGAAACAACGGCAGUACAAAGCAGAAAACCAGGUCCUUCUAAAGGAGAUCGAGCGGCUGGAAGCAGAGAGACUGGAGCACAAAAAGCAGAUCAGAAACCUGGUGAAGGAUAAAGGGCUGUCUGUAAGUCAUUUAGUGAUUGAUGACGAUGAUGGUAAAUUCACCAGGAGCAUCCAAAAGACAAUGUCUCCAAAAGCAUCCCACGGAUUCAUUAAUGAAGAUGAGCACAAACAGAAGUAUGAACACCUGCAGAGAGACCUGAAUAGCAGAGAAAGGGAACUGGAGCUCAGAAGAACAGAGUCCACUCAAUUGAAAGCUAAAUUGAAUGACAUGUUGAUGGAAAAUAAACAGCUGGAAGAAGGAAUGCAGGAGAUACUGAGAGCCAUUCAGGAUACCCACAGAACCACGCAGGCUCAAACAGGAGUCAGCAUUCCUGUGCUGGAGCGGCUCGUCAGUGCAAUGGAGAUGAAGAACUCGGAGGGAAAGUUUGAUGCCAGCAUCCACUUGAAAGCGCAGGUGGACCAGCUGACGGGCAGGAACGAGGAGCUCCGGCAACAAAUGCGGCUUGCUCGGGAAGAAGCCACCCAGGCUGCGAGCCAGCUGGCAAAAGCCAAUGAAAAGGUGACCAUACUAGAGAGUGAGGUGGAAGCCCUGAGGCGGUCUGGAGGAAACAGCAUCGCGUUUAAGAGCCUGAGCCUCCCUGAGGAGAUGGCCCCAUCCAGUGUGGAGGUCAUCAGCUCCCUCAACGAAUAUACAAUCACACUUCUACAGGAGCUGAAAAACAAAGAAGAAUCAAAUAAGCAACUGGAAAAAGCAUUAGAGGAGUACAAGGGAAAAUUUGCUGUGGUUCGACACCAGCAGGGACUAAUAUACAAGGACUACCAUAGUGAAAAGGAGUCUUGGCAAAAGGAGAGAGACUCUUUAACUGAGCUGAAAAAUAAACUUGAACAGCAGAAAGAGGUGGAUUCAGUGAAAAUAAAGGAGUUUGAUCACUGGCUGGAGGUUCUGGAGAAGGAUCCUGCGGAAACAAAGCAGCAGGUGUGUGAAGCGGCCCGGAAGAUGACGGUGCUGCGGGUGAAGGAGGCGUCCCUGAUCAGACGCUACACCACCCUGCUGGAGAUGGAGCAGCACCUCCGGAAGGACAAUAACAAACUGAGGAGCGACCUUCUGGAGUCAGAGGCCACCGUCACACAGAGGAUCGGCUAUCUGCAGAGAUAUAAGGAUAUGGCCUUUUUCAAAAUAGCAGCCUUGCAGAAAGCUCUAGACGACAGUGUCUCAUCUUCUGAACUCGAGCGUGCCAACAAACAAUACAACGAACUGACAAUAAAAUACAGAGACCUUCUACAGAAGGACAACAAUCUCGUUCAGAGGGCCACCAACCUGGAGCAAUUAGAGAGCGAGAAUGCUUCUCUGCAUGAGCAGAUCCAGGGUCUGAACAAGGAGCUUGAGAUCAGCAAGGAGAAACUGCACACACUAGAGCAGGCCUUGGAACACACCGCUAAGUCAGGCGGGGAAAGCGGCAUGGACAAGGCGUCGAAAGCCAUUGCCAACAGCGAGAUCGCCUCGGUGUCCAAGAGGAUGGCGGUGCUGGAGAUGAGGGAGUUGAACGAGCGCCAGAGAGCCGAGCACGCCCAGAGGAUGUAUGAGCACCUGAGGAACUCCCUCAGACAAGUGGAGGAUCGCAACACAGAGCUCGAGACUAAAUUUGCAGAGCUGACCAAACAGAACCUGGAAGCCCAGCGGACGGAGCAGGAGCUGCGUGACGAGCUGGCCAACAGCGUGAGCAAAACGGUCAGCGACGCCGACCGCGUGCUGAUCAGCCAGCUGGAGAGAGCCGAGGCUGAGCUCAAAAUCGAGGUGUCCAAGUUAAGGGAAAUUUCAGACGUGGCCAAAAUGCAGGUGUCUACGCUGGAGGCCAGGCAACAGUCCAGAGAGAAGGAGGUGGAGGCUCUGAGGAGACAGGUGCUGGACUAUCAGGGCGAGUCGGAUGAGAAGGCCCUCAUCGCCAAGCUGCACCAGCACAUCGUGGCCCUGCAGGUGAGCGAGGCCACUGCGGUCAGCAAGCUGGAAGCGGCCUCGCUCAAGGCCCAGAAGCUGGAGGCCCACCUGCUCCGGGCGGAGCAGCGGCUGGACGACAAGGAGCGGGCCCUGUACCACGCCCGGCUGGAGGGCCGGAACCGCGCCCGUCACCUGCGCCACACCGUGCAGGCCCUGCGCCGGCAGUUCGCCGGAGCCCUGCCCCUCAAGCAGCAGGAGAAGUUCUCCGGCACCAUGAUGCAGCUGCAGGGGGACAAACAGCGGGGCCAGGAGGAGGCGCGGAGGGCCGAGCAGGAGCGCAGGAGGGCGGAGGAGAAGGCCGCCGAGCUGGAGCUCCGUCUGAGCGGGCUGGAGGAGCUCAUCGCCUCCCUGAAAGACGGCAAGGGUGCUCAGAAGGUGAGCGAGUGGCAUAAGAAGAUGGAGGAUCUGCGUCUGCAAGAGCUUCGGCGCAGCAGGGAGCUAGCUGUCCUGAAGGAGGAGAUCAGGUACCUGCGGAACGUCGCGGCCGAGCAAGAGCGCAGCGUCAGCAGCCUGGAGGAGGACAUCGUCCAGCAGAACAACCUCCAUGAAGAGCGGCAGCUGUCCUGGGAUCAGCGGGAGGUGGAACUGGAGCGACAGCUGGAUCUGUUUGAGAAGCAGCAGAAUGAAAUCCUGGGUACUGCCCGAAAGUUUGAGGAGGCGACCGGAUCCCUCCCAGACCCCUCCAUGCCAAUUGCCCACCAGCUGGAUUUUGCUUUGCGGAAGAUCAAGGACCAUGUCCGUACUAUCUUAGAAACACAAGCCGCCUGCAAGACUCUGGAUGAGAAGCUGAAGGAGAAGGAGGCGUCGCUGUGGAAGGCGGAGCAGAACGUGCUCUCGCGGGACAAGGUCAUCAACGAGCUGCGCUUGCGCCUCCCGGCCGUGGCUGAGCGGGAGAAGCUCAUGGCUGACCUGUCCCAGAGGGACGAGGACCCCGAGAGCCAGCCAGCCCUCAAGGUGGCCCACCAGACCAUCAACAACCUGCAGGCCCGGCUCAACCAGAAAGAGGAGGUUCUGAAGAAGUACCAGAACCUGCUGGCUCGGGCCCGACAGGAGCAGGAAGACAUAACAAAGAAACAAGAAGAGGAAAUGAGGAUCCUGCACCAGAAACUGGACUUGCAUACAGACACAUCGCUGGACAAGUUCAAGCAGACAGCCCUGGAGCUGAUGAAGAAGCCCACCAUAGACGUUCCCACCACCAAACACCUGGUGCGCUUGGCAGAGAUGGAGCAGACUGUGGCUGAACAGGACAACUCUCUGUCCUCCCUCAAUGCCAAGCUGAAGAGUGUUACCGCCGAGCUAGAGAGAGUAAGACAGAUCGCUGCAGCCAAGGUCAAAGACCACACAGCUGAGAAGGAAAAAUUGGAGGAGCGCCAUGCUGCGCAGAUGAAGCAGCUGGAACAGGAGGUGGAGGAGCUGCGGGCGCAGAUGUCGCAGAUGGAGAAGGAGGCUCAGUACCUCCGGACCGAGCUGGAGGCCCAGAAGGAGGCCAACAUCAGGUCACCCUCAAAUACCAUGAAGAACCUGGUGGAACGGCUCAAAGGCCAAGUUGCUCAGAAAGACAAACAGCAGAAGGCGCUCAGUAGAGCUCUACUGGAACUGCGCGCUGAGAUGACCGCGCAAGCAGAGCUCCAGAUUGUGAGCAACGCUGCACAGAGAGAGGAGAGUCUGAACAUCCAGAAUAUUGUGGACAAACACACCAAGGAUUUACGGGCUCGCAUCCAGGAGGUGAACGAGGAGCUGCAGGUGGCAAAGGACGGCCUGCGGGCGGCGAGGGCCAGAGAGAGCUCACUGAGGGACGAGGCCGAGGGCCUGAGCCGGGAUCUGCAGCGGAGCCAGAAGACUCAGGCCAAGCUGCAGAAAGAGAAGGAGGAGAGCGAGGAUGAGGUCCAAGAGCUGAAAAAACGAGUGAAGAGGCUCACCACCGGCCUGCAGAGCAAAGCGGAGGCUGAGAAGGGGCCGUCGGUGGACGAGCUCCAGAAGAAGAUCCGGAGGCUGGAGUCGGAGCUGGAGAAGCAGUCAGCGUCCGAGGCCACGGAGAGAAAACCUGCCAAAGAGAAAGAAGAGAUACUGCGGUGGGAGGAGGGGAAGAAGUGGCAGGCCAGGCUGGAGAGCGUGCGGAGCAAGCUGAGAGAGAAGGAGCGAGAGAGCGACUCCCUAACCAAACAGUUUGGCACACUGAAAGAGCUUUAUGGCAGGCUGGAACAAGAAAAGGCAACCCUGCAGAAGAAGCUUCGCGUUCGCGGCGUGACGGUGGAUCAGGUGGUGGGAGCGAGAACAGUGGAGUCCGACAGAGAGAUUGAAGAGCUGAAGAGUCGAAACGCCGAGCUUGAACAGCAGAUCAUUACCAUAAAGAAACAGCAGGCCUUGCCGAGAGAUGCCGCGAUUGACGACAUGGAUCUUCGAAACCGCUACCUGGAAGAAAAGAUCCAUUCCCUGGAAAGACAGCUGUCCAAAGAGCCCCCAUCAAGACCAUCUGGGAAGAAAUCAACUUCUCCACCCCGUGUGUCUUCCACCAAGGGGACUCUCUCCCAUCAAAUUUGCUCUGACAAAGAGAACACAACAUGCUUAGAAACUGAGGUGGGAGAGGAGCAGACAGACGUAGGUGAAAAUCAAGUAGAACAGCAGCAGAUAGAUAUGUCUGAAAAUGAAGUGGAACAGGAACAGACUGAUACAGAUGGGAAUGAAGUGGAACAAGAACAGAGUGAUAUGAGUGAAAGUGAAGUGGAUCUGGAACAGACCGAUAUGAGUGAAAAGAAAUUGGAACACCAGCAGAUAGAUACAUCUGAAAACAAAGUGGAACAUGAACAGAUAGAUAGAGAUGGGAAUGAAGUAGAACAGGAACCAACUAGUAUGAGAGAAAAUGAAGUGGAUCGGGAGGAAAAUGACCAAGAAGAACAUGAGACCACAACAAACUCUUCUGCUAGUGACAACCCUGAAGGAAACAUACUCAAUCCAAAAGAACACACGGCUGCAUGUGAAAGUUUGCCGUCUGAACGCAGUAGAAGCAGGGUCAGUAAGGCAGUGAAAGUGGAGGCAGGUGAAGAGACGAUGGAGGAGUCAGUCAUUACAGUGCUGGAGGUUGAGUCUAGCGCCCAUGAGGAUCCCAAGAGCUCUAUUAGAAAGCUGGAAGUUGAUGUCACAGAGAACAUACUGGAAGGUUUAGAGAAGGGGAUUGGGUACCCUGAAUCGGAGCCCCUGACCAAAGAUGCGCAGAGAGAGAAAACCAAACACAAAUCUCACAAACUUCUUGAGACUUCAGGCAGGGGUUCUGGGACCCCGUCGCAGAGGGAGGGUGAGCUGCAGAAGGAAAACCUCAAGCUCUCUUCCGAAAACCUGGAACUGCGAUUCCAGCUUGAGCAGGCCAACAAAGAUCUUCCCAGGUUAAAGGACCAGGUGAGCGACCUGAAAGAGAUGUGUGAUAUUCUGAAGAAAGAGAAAGUGGAGAUGGAGAGGAAGUUGGGAAAUAUCCGUGGGUCUGGGCGGAGCGGGAAGACAGUCCCGGAGCUGGAGAAGACCAUCGGUCUCAUGCAGAGAGUGGUGGAGAGGGUGCAGAGAGAGAACGAGGCGCUGAAGAAGACCCCAGCUGGCCCCACCCAAGAUCAGCUCAGUGCCCUGGAGCUCGAGAACGAAAAACUUAAGUCAGACUAUGAGCAGCUUAGAAUGCACACUGGAGCACAACAAACUGCGAUGAACGAGUCUAGGACCAAAGUAAUGGAGAAAAUUAUGAUGGAAAACGAGAGCUUGCGCAAGAUGCUAAGAAAGGAAGCAGACAGUGCGGAGAAGCUUCGAAUAGCCAAGAGCAGCCUGGAGGCCAUCAAUGAGAGACUGCAGGCCCAGCUGCAGGAGGGCAGCCAGAGGCCAGCCCAGCAGGAAGCAGCUGACCGUGCAGGAAGGGGUGGGAAGGCUACCGUGGUGACCAGAAUGUUCGAAAAUAAGAUGAGAGACAUGGAGAAUGACAUUGCCCAGAAGAACAGCAGUCUUUCACAAUUCAAACAGCAGCUCCAAGAAGCAGGAGAACGGGAGAAGAAAACGGCACAGAUUAUUGGCGAGCUCAGAGAGCAGGUUGACUUAUUAAGACGAUUUCCAGAGGAUGCCAAAACCGAUUCAGGUCUUGCAAAAGAGUUCCAGUCAAUGCGGCUGAUAAACCAUCAGCUGGAGAAAGAGAAGGCAGAGCUUCUUCGGCAGCUGACCUCACACAGAGACCAGAAAAGAGCAGGACAGGAAGACCUGCAGGACCAGCUACAGCAAGCAGAUCUGGAAAAGAGAAAACUGCAGGAAGAAGUGAAGAGAAUGAAGAAAGAGCUGGAGAACUUUGACCCAACAUUCUUUGAGGAAAUUGAGGACCUUAAGUUCAACUACAACCUGGAGGUGAAGAAGAACAUUCUUCUGGAGGAGCAACUGAAAAAGGUCUCAGAGCAGUUUGGUGUGGAAGUGGACAUUCCAACUAAUCUUUCAAUCAGCUGAAUUUCUUUAUGAAGCGGAAAAUCUGGUCUAAUGUACACCAAAAGUGCUUUAUAUAAGAUUUUAAUAUAAUUCCAAUGAGUAUGGACUAUGUUUAUCAAUGUAGUUUUUAGCUCAAGUCAGGUGUGUUGUUAGGAGACUUAAUGGAUAUAAACAGUGUGAAAAUAAUUUACCGUGUAUUGUGUACACUUGUGUAGGUUUGUAAAUGUUUUGUAGAUUUCUGUAUUUUUCUACAUUAUGUUAGUGAUUUAAGUUAAUAAACAAGCUUACACUAUAAUAUUUAAUAUUAUAA